CCGUCCGUCGCUUCCAACUCGAAGAGCGCAACUCAGUAGCAUUUCGGCGGCGGUUGAUGGCGUGACGCGUCGUGAAGCGGUUUUUAGUUUUGGCUCUCCGGUGCGCUCGGACCCCUACGAAAAAAAAAACAAAAUCAACAGUAUACCAUCAGACCCGUUAUUAGCCUAUAUAUUUUUUCGUGAUAACAACAACUGCAGCAGCACGUCGAUUGGACGUACUAGACUGCACUUUACGGUGCAAUUCCCGACCAGUUAGUUCAUCAUAGAAAUUCUAAAUUAAUUAGUGCCUAUUAGGAAGGAAAUUCGAGCUGAUCAAUCAGCUCAGAGAGAAGGUGCAGAGAACUCUGUUCGCCCGUGAGAAGCAAUAUAAUCAUUACAUAACAUCAUCAUACGAAAGGAAACGUGAACGUGAGUGCAUCCCAGAAAGAAAGGAGAUACAGGAAAAGCAAUAAAAGCUGUUAACAGAAACCGGUGAUCAAGUGAAAAGUUGAAAUAAAAAAAUCGGUACCUACCAACUCGGAAUGUCUUCAUCAGUAAAAGAUCGUCGUCGCACAGGUUGAGGAUGAAUUCAUGAAGAUAGUAUAGUUGAAAAAUAUUCGAGUGUGUCUCUAUGUGCGGUGGUGCCGAUGAUUUUUUCGAUCUUGAUAACGUGAGUUGGCUGUACCGCUGUGCCUUGACUGAUUUCGAAAUUAUCAGUAACUGGUAUGAUUGAGUGCUCGUGUUGAAGUGCAGAACGGAGACGAAGGGACGGGCCGUUGUUGGAAUCGUUGUCCAAAACCAACGUGUCCAAGAGCAUCCUGUAGAUUGACGUGAACGAACAGCAGAAAGAAGACAUACACUUGGAGGCCUUUGACUUACGCUGGUCUUGUUCUGGGUUAAGAAAGAUCCAGUGCCUCCAUACCUCGCCGUUGCCCGACUCAACAUAACGAUGACGUCGUCCGGAGUGGCGUCGUCGUCAACGACUUCCCACCGCCACCUGCCUCGGUUGGCACUGGUGGCACUAUUGGUACUGCUCAACGCCAUCACGGCUUCUUCCUCAUCGUCGUACAUCUGUCCCAAGGGUUGUGAGUGCAAUGACGCCAGUAUCACGUGUACCAGCGUAUCUGGACUGCGGAGCAUUGAUAAGAGCUUGCCCAUCAAACGGCUGGUUCUAUCCGGCUUGGAACUGAAAAAGAUCCCAGCCCAGCUGGAAAAUAUUCGAAACAUCACCGAGCUGGAUCUUUCCAACAACCAUCUGUCGGAGGUGAGCCACCUGGGCAAGCGGAUACGACGACUCAAUCUCAGCCAGAAUCGAAUCACGUCCGGCAAGCUGGUCAAGAUCCCGCAAUACGUGGAAUCGCUGAAUUUGUCGCACAAUGAAAUCACUUAUCUGCCGCUUUACUUGAUGAAGCUGAAGAACCUACGAUCCAUCGAGCUGGCGAAUAAUCCGAUAAACUGCACUUGCGAAACGCUGCACAUUCGAAACUGGCUGACAACGAAUCACGUGUGGUCCGAUCAACAUAUCAAAUGCAGUGCACCUCAAGAAUUUAAGGGAAAACCGUGGCUGCAGAUCAAACAGUCAGAUGUUUGCAAUGAUGCUAGAAGGAACGGUGGAUACAACUGGGAUGACUAUGAAGACGAGAACGAUUUGAUGAUGGGAGAUCAAGCACAUUUAGGUGAUGACGAAGACGAAGAUGAGGAUGACUUCAAGAAAGAGUACUUGCCAGUUGGGGAGAAGGUAAAGUCUCAAGAUCCACCGAUCGAGAUACAGAACGAUGAAGAAUUGGAUGAUGGGUCUGGUAAUGGUUCUUCGAUUGGGGAAGAAGAAAAGGUUGAAGCUAGAAAAGUUGCUGAUUUGUCGGCAGUUGAAGGAUCUGGUGAAUAUACUGGCGACAAUGUCCGAGUCGGUCAGAUUCAGAAUGCUGUCGAAGAUGACGAAGAUGAGGGUAGUGGAAGUGGUGCUGGAGUGAUGCCUUUUGGAUCACGCGGAAUCGGAGCUGAGGAGGCUACUGAAGGUCCACUUUCUGAAACAGACUUUGAAGACAGCACCAGUGAAGAAAAGCCCAUAACUCCCCCGAAUGGUUUGGGCAUUUUCGGUAAAGGUCUUGACGAUGAUACAACGGCAUCGGAAGGUACUGAAUCUACGGAAGGAAUUGUACCAUUUGUUGGAGCUGUUGAUGUCAGUAAAGGUACUACCGGAGGUACCGAGAGCCCAACUGAAGAACAUAAAGCCAACAUUUCCGAACAACCUACCCGUGCUGAUGCAGAUAGCCAAGGAACCUACAUUCUAUUGGCAAUUCUUGGAAUAAUACUGGUUUCCUUGAUCGUUUUAGUGAUGUGCAAGCGGAAACCAAACUCUAGGAAUCGUCGUGGCAAAGCAGAUCUGGAAGCCGCUAGGGGACGAGAAAUGCUUGAUAUGGAUAAGAAUCUUCUCGGCAAACCAUUGGAAAAGAAUGGACACAAGAUUCCAGAGCAAGCACCUCUGAUGAACGAUCGGGACAAGUCUGAUUAUCAGAAAGUCUUCAGCGAUAAGCCCAACAACUACCCACCAGCAAAACCAGAACGUACCUCACUAGAUAAACCCACCAUGGAAUCGUUCAAACCAAUCACAGCCGACAGAAACAAGAGUAAAGAAAGCCUGUAUGAAAAUGUGCCUCAGAACAACAAUAAUAAUACGGUUCCGCUACAGAACGGAAAUGGGCCUGUCGGAAAUGGUGACCUAGCAGGAGUUCACCAUCCCAAUCACAAUGUGCCAUCCCAAGACGAAGAAGUGUUCCUACCGCCUAACGGCAACCCCAACCAACUCCACCCAGAGUCAGUAGACUCACCCAAACCCAAACGAUAUAGUCCCAUUUAUGUACCGACAUCGCCAAAGUCCGAUCGUUACAGUCCGGUGUACUCGCCGGAAACCGGACGCGUCAAAAUCAAACUAACCGAAACUCCCAAACCAAAAACUCCUAUCUUGGUCACACGAAGUCGAUCGAGAGCCGGAGACUACAUAACGACAACCGACCAGAAGUUCUGAUCCACACUAUACAGCCAACGACGAAGACCUUGGUACACCUGGCGGAUUUUGCUGCAGCCUUCCUAACGAAUCCGGGACGUCACGAGUCCGGUGACGUCCGUCUAGGCACUACUAAUCCGGACUGGCGGUGGUUCGAGUUUGUUUUUAGUACGACACUGAACAUUCGUUAUCGGUGAGAUACCAAAACCGAUAAAAGUUCGAAAGAGUAUAUCAAGUCAGAAAUUUGUGUAGAUAAUCAACUGUUGAGAAUUAAGCUUCCUUCAUUCAACGUUACGUAACAGUCAGGUGCGCUCAAAAACAGUAAUUGCUUAGGAAGAGAUUUUCAGGAAUUGUAGUGAACAAAAUGUGGCGUAAAAAUCGUAAGCAUCUUUAUAGUUGCAAUCAUGAUAGAAGAUUAUUUUACAUAGCAUAUUUAAAUAGCAAGACAUCAUCAAAGUGCACAAAUCAUUUUCAAAUUUGACAAAUCAAAUGUUAGAUCACAAAACCAUCAGAACAAGAAGAAUAUUUCAAUCGUGAAACAAAAAAGUCAAUAAAUAUUUUAAACAAAUCAAAAGUCAAUUGUGAUAUUCAAAUAAUUACACUUAUCUACACAAAAACACCAUACUUCUAGUGAGAACACAAUACGCUGAGAAAAAUCAAAUCAAUCACAUAACAUUCGGAAGCGCCUUCCUCUAGAUCCUCUCACAUAUUAGGCCAUUUUGAAUCAUCUGAAACGUUUUUCUUCUGCUGGACCCAUGGAAUGUAAAUAUAAUCGUGCAAAGUGUAAUAAUAUUGAUCCUCCCCCUUUCCAGUCGAGGGACAUGUUUCCUAGUACAUACUACAAUGUGACGAUUAAAGAUGCCAAUAAAUUAUGAAACUAAAUUAAAAGUAACACAAACCAUCUAUCUUUCGACUUAGGUAUAGAGUAAUUCAUAGCUUAGUUCAUUAGUACGAAGGAGUUUUUCACGUAUGAAUGUUUUCUUGAGAAGAAACAUUUGAUGAUUUUGUAAACAAAUGUGAAUGAACAAAUCAUAUACUAAAAUUUGCAAAUGCUGCCUUAUCGGAAAUUCGGAAGAAAAACUACCUAAAAUAAUGAGGCGUUGUGUAUAAUGUGGAAUCGACGGUUCAGUUUGCAAUCAAAAUCUGUGUCAGGAAUGAACAUGAUUGUUAAGUUUAAAUAAUUUAACGAAAGAGAGGAAAGUGAAGAAAAUACUAUUGUAUAUGUAUUUUAAAUAAAUUAUAUUAGAAUUUAACACUGUCGUAAAAAU